CUAGCGGUGCAGGGGGACGGGCGGGGACCCGACUCGUCCAAGGCAGGAGGGGAGGAGCUGGGCGCCGCCCGGGAGCCGCGCCAGCCGCGUGGGAAGGCACGGCCGGGAGGGGCGGUCAGGGGGACCCAUCGAGACUGCUGACUCCGGCGGGACUGCAAGAGCCACCCGCAGGUGGACGCAGUCACAUAACCAGCGAGCGAGGGAGCGAGCGAGCGAGCGAGAGAGACAGAGAGAGAGAGAGAGAGAGAGAGAGAGAGAGAGAGAGAGAGAGAGUAAAAAGAGGCAAAGGGAGCACUUGGUGGGCAGAGGGGAGUGCGGUAGGAGGGAUGGGGACAGCCAGAUUCCCGCUACUCCUCCCUGCGGUUGCCUUCCUCUGACCCGACCCGGGAAAAGUGGUCGGAGCACAGAGUAGUGGAGACAUUGCGGGCUCCGACGACGAGAUCUGGGUCCUAGCUUUGCUCCUGGGACGGCGAGGCGCGGAGGGGUGGACAGAUCAGCGCAAGGACUGAGGCAAAGACAGUGGCAGCCUCUGGCAGAAGAGCGCAGCAAAGCCGGGACCCCAAGCUGGGCGCGGACAGACAGGCACACAGACACUAGUGCGGCAGCGGGGAGGGGGGCGCGCGGGCUCUCCAGCUGCAGCCGCCUCAGUGCGUCCGGAGCCGCGACAAUCCGCCGCUGCAGCCACAACGUCCCCACCACGCUGUGCCCGGGCUGCGCGCGGACUCCAGCCUCUACGCAGAACGCUCCAGUGGCUAGCAAAUAAACCAAACAACAACAAAGGCAAGCCACAAGCCAAACUAACCCAACAAAAGCAUUCGUUGAGAAGCAGUAGUUAUUAACAAAAUCCCAAACGAAAUCAAAUCAGUCAAGGCACCAGGACGCUGGGGGCAUCACCACUGACUGUUCCCUUAAGUUGCAGAGUGAUCUGCUGUCUUCAGCAGCGCUUGCUUCUGCUGCAUGCUUACUGAGGGGCUGCCUGUGAGAGACCCUAAGCGCUCUUUUUCCUGUUUGUGUAGCUCUUCAAGGUUGACGACCAUGUGUCAAACUGUGUAAGGGAGCCACCGGAAGAUGGGCAUUCGGAACUGCUAAUGGGGACAUGGGACGCCAGUUAUCUGUGAUCACUUUGUGUGGAUUCUCCUGGUGCAGAACGACAGAAGCUGCCAGUCAUUCACUCAGACCUAAAGCAGGAAGCUUGUGCGGAAGAAUGUCUGAGCAAGGAGAACUGAACCCGGCCAUAGUGGAGGAAGGUCGGACUGAGCCGGAGUCUGCCCCAGAGAAUGGCAUACUCAAAUCGGAAAGCCUGGAUGAGGAGGAGAAGCUGGAACUGCAGCGGCGGCUGGCAGCUCAGAACCAAGAGAGAAGAAAAUCCAAGUCAGGAGCAGGAAAAGGGAAACUGACCCGCAGUCUUGCUGUCUGUGAAGAGUCCUCUUCCAGACCAGGAGGAGAAAAUCUUCAGGAUCAGGAAUCAAUUCAUUUACAGCUUUCCAGUUUUCCAAGCCUUCAAGAGGAGGAUAAAUCUAGAAAGGAUGACUGUGAGAGAGAAAAAGAAAAGGAUAAAAACAAAGAUAAACCCUCUGAGAGACCCAAGAUCAGAAUGUUACCAAAAGAUUGCAGCCAAGAAUAUACGGACUCUACAGGCAUAGACUUGCACGAGUUUCUGAUUAACACUCUAAAGAACAAUUCCAGGGACAGGAUUAUACUCCUGAAAAUGGAGCAGGAAAUGAUCGAUUUCAUUGGUGACAACAAUAAUCACUAUAAAAAGUUCCCCCAGAUGUCAUCCUAUCAGAGGAUGCUUGUCCACCGUGUGGCAGCCUACUUCGGUUUGGAUCACAAUGUAGAUCAAACUGGAAAAUCUGUCAUCAUCAACAAGACUAGCAACACCAGAAUACCAGAGCAAAGGUUUUGUGAACAUUUAAAAGAUGAAAAAAGUGAAGAAUCCCAGAAGCGGUUUAUCUUGAAGCGAGAUAACUCUAGUAUUGAUAAAGAAGACAAUCAGCAAAACAGAAUGCAUCCAUUUAGAGAUGACAGACGAAGUAAAUCAAUUGAAGAGAGAGAAGAGGAAUAUCAGAGAGUGAGGGAGAGAAUAUUUGCACAUGAUUCAGUUUGCUCCCAGGAAAGCCUUUUUUUGGACAACAGUAGGCUCCAGGAAGACAGUCACAUAUGCACUGAGACCUAUAAGAAAAGACAGCUCUUUCGGGGCAACAGAGAUGGCUCAGGGAGAACUUCCGGGAGUCGGCAGAGCAGCUCAGAGAACGAGCUCAGGUGGUCUGACCACCAGCGGGCCUGGAGCAGCACAGAUUCUGACAGCUCCAACCGCAAUCUCAAGCCUACCAUGACCAAGACAGCGAGUUUUGGGGGCAUCACGGUGCUGACCAGGGGUGACAGCACGUCCAGUACCAGAAGUGCUGGCAAGCUGUCCAAAACAGGUUCGGAGUCUUCCAGCAGUGCAGGCUCUUCGGGCUCGCUGUCCCGUACUCACCCGCCUCUGCAGAGCACAGCCCUUACCUCCGGUGUGGCAGCGGGUUCUCCUGGCUGUAUGCCCUAUGCAGAGAAUGGAAUGGGGGGCCAGGUCCCUCCCAGCAGCACCAGCUACAUCCUCCUUCCACUUGAAACUGCCACAGGCAUUCCACCAGGAAGCAUCCUUCUUAAUCCACACACAGGCCAGCCCUUUGUGAAUCCGGAUGGAACCCCCGCAAUAUACAACCCCCCCGGCAGUCAGCAGACCCUGCGUGGCACCGUUGGGGGGCAGCCCCAGCAGCCCCCACCGCAACAGCCAUCGCCUCAGCCUCAGCAUCAGGUCCAGCCACCACAACCCCAGAUGGCAGGCCCACUGGUCGCUCAGUCUGUCCAGGGCUUACAGCCGUCCUCCCAGUCUGUGCAAUAUCCAGCCGUCUCUUUUCCUCCCCAGCAUCUCCUGCCUGUGUCUCCAACGCAGCACUUCCCCAUGAGAGAAGAGGUGGCCGCACAGUUCAGCCAGCUGAGUGUGAGCCGGCAGUCCUCCGGAGAUACUCCGGAGCCUCCCUCUGGUGCUGUCUACCAGGCCUCUCUCAUGCCACAACCAGCCCAGCAGCCGAGCUAUGUCAUCGCAACUGCAGGUCAGCAGCUCUCCACAGGGGGCUUCUCAGACUCUGGUCCUCCCAUCUCCCAGCAAGUCCUGCAGGCCCCGCCCUCUCCCCAGGGAUUUGUACAGCAGCCUCCACCUACACAGAUGUCUGUCUAUUACUACCCAUCUGGUCAGUACCCUACCUCAACCACGCAGCAGUACCGGCCCCUGGCCUCCGUCCAGUACAGUGCUCAGAGGAGUCAGCAAACCCCACAGACAGCACAACAAGCAGGUUACCAGCCAGUCUUGUCUGGUCAGCAGGGUUUCCAAGGCCUGAUGGGAGUGCAGCAGUCUCCUCACAGCCAGCAAGGAGCCCCGGUACAGGGCGUGAUGGUCUCCUACCCAACCAUGUCUUCUUAUCAGGUGCCAAUGACACAAGGUUCUCAAGGAGUGCCCCAGCAGACGUACCAACCGCCUAUCAUGCUGCCCAACCAGGCAGGCCAAGGGUCGCUCCCAGCCACCGGAAUGCCUGUGUACUGUAACAUCACGCCUCCAACCCCUCAGAACAGCCUAAGGCUGAUAGGUCCACAUUGCCCCUCCAGCACAGUUCCGGUGAUGUCGGCUAGCUGCAGGACAAAUUGUGCAAGCAUGAGCAAUGCUGGUUGGCAGGUCAAGUUCUGAGAGCCGAGACUGCCUGUGAUCCACUUCAUCAGAUGUUACUCAUGGCCUUCAAGGAAAGAGAGUGGACAACUGGCUGAGGACUUCCAUAUUCACUCAACACUCAAGUGAUUGCUGCUGGUGUUCUGUAAAAACUAAUCAAAGACUAAUACACACAUUAGCUGGUUAAUGGUGCAUAUUUCUGUCAUGUCUGCUAGGUAUGCCUUUUUAGCUUAGCUAGUGACAUGAAUUCAUCAAGGUAAGAUUUUCUCCUACCACUGAAUACCACUGUGUAGAUUACAAUAUCCCUGAUUUGGAUUAGUUUUGUACUUUGUGUUGAGUUUGUGAUGCUAAAAGUAUUUAAAAAUAUAUAUACUAAAUCACACUGUACCAAAGCUGUAAUGGAAAAGAAGAGAGUUAAGGAAUGGAAGGAAUAAUUUAUAUACAUUAUAGAGUUUUCUUUUUUAAAUGGAUAUAUAUGGUAUUGUAGUGUUUAAUCGAAAUAAAAGCUAUCUGACCUUAUGGAGAAAGGUCAUGUUUUUACCACCAGUUUCUUUCAGUCUCUUUCAGUAUGUGUUAUAUAUUUAUUUAAACAUGUACUUAAUGUUUUUAUUAGAAGAUAUUAAUGUACAUGAUAAUGGGCUUCACUUUGACACACACACACACACACACACGUAGUAUAUUUUGAUAAUAUUCAGACUCCAUUAGCCUCUCUUGUCACCUCCUUCUUCCCAACAACCCCCAUUCUACUUUCAUGCCCUCAUAUUUAAUGAAUCAAGGAGUUUCAGUAGGACUGCUUACAGGAGCAAGGGUGAGAGGUUGUUUACAAGAGCAUGGGCAGUUACCAGUGGUUACCCAGAGGGGAAAAGUCUCUCCAUCUCCCAUCCACCAUUAACUUUCUAUAAACCCUCAGAGAGGGGCAGGGCCUCAUCUUGGGCAGGUCUUCUCCAGGUAAUCACAGAUUUGGUGAGCUCAAGAGUACCACACCAUAUCACACCUGGAAGAUAGUGUGCCACAACACACCACCUUUCCUACAGAUCUUGCAUUCUUUCUGUGCCCUCUUCUGGAAUGUUCUGAGUGCCUUGGAGGAGAUGAUGCAGACAUUCCAUUUAUAGCUGAGCACUCAGCAUCAAUAUGUGUUUUAUUAGUGUCUCUUUUGUCCUUUCUGAGCAUUAUCUCAUGAAUGCUGCAUGGAAAAGUGGUUACAGGCAUUUUGAAUUGAAUUCCAUCUCAUGGAGAGAUGUUAGAAACAAACACUUCACCAGUAAUAGCAGCCUCCCAGUAUGAUAUAUGACUGUCCUGAAAAUUAGAUGACAUCCAUGUCAUUCAUUCAUUGAGGUUAUGUUUUUGAAGUGUAUACAUUGCUUUUAAUUAUAGAAAUAUUUGCAUACAGCUGUAUCAUACUUACUAGGACAAUGUACGUGUUGUUAUUAAAGCACACCCUGUUUCUAGCCAAUUCUGCCUUCACUGGAGUUUACCCAUGUACCUGGAAGAUACCUUUGUUUACAGGUAAAUUGGAAGAGGUAAAGUCUAAUUUCUCCAGUUGCAUUAGACCAUGAAUCCAAAGUACCACUCUCUUUUAACAGUGUGCCAGAAACUCAAAGGUGCU